UCUCCGAAAGUGUGUGUCAUUCAUGGGAUUGACCUGCUCCGGAAGCCCGUAUCUCUCGAGGUGUGGUGGAAAAUUGUGUGAAAGAGCCUGAGAAACAGCCCAAUGGCUGCCACCCUGAAGCCCUACCUGACCGCCGUUCGUCACACGCUGACGGCGGCGAUGUGUCUGUCCAACUUCUCCUCCCAGGUCGUGGAGCGGCACAACAAGCCCGAGGUGGAGGUGAAGAGCAGCAAGGAGCUGCUGCUCACGCCCGUGGUGAUCUCGCGGAACGAGAAGGAGCGCGUGCUGAUUGAGACCAGCGUGAAUUCCGUGCGCGUGAGCAUCGCCGUGAAGCAGGCGGACGAGAUCGAGAAGAUCCUCUGCCACAAGUUCACGCGCUUCAUGAUGAUGCGCGCGGAGAACUUCAUCAUCUUGCGCCGGAAGCCCAUCGACGGCUACGACAUCAGCUUCCUGAUCACCAACUUCCACACUGAGCAGAUGUACAAGCACAAGCUCGUGGACUUUGUCAUCCACUUCAUGGAGGAAAUCGACAAGGAGAUCAGCGAGAUGAAGCUGGCCGUGAACGCCAGGGCGAGGAUCUGCUCUGAGGAGUUCCUCAAGCGCUUCUAGACACACACACAGGCAUUUCCUUCAACACCAGUUGUAUUCCGCAAUCUUUUGUAUUGGUACUGUUCAGUUCUACACAUAAAUUAUAUCGAGAGACGAAAGAAAACCAGGGAAACACU